UCAGCGGUCAUGGCCGGUAGUCUGAUCCACCACGGCUCCCCAAAUCCCGGCUACGCGUCUAACAACGCGGUGCCGGUGCCGAUCCUCACGCAGACGGACUCAAGGGACAAAUGGAGCAAAAAGAUGGACUUUCUCUUGUCUGUCGUGGGUUUUGCUGUGGACUUGGGAAAUGUUUGGAGGUUUCCUUACAUAUGUUACCAGAACGGUGGCGGAGCUUUCCUUAUCCCUUAUAUUCUGAUGGCCAUCUUUGGCGGAGUGCCGCUCUUUUAUAUGGAGCUGGCCCUGGGACAGUUCCACAGAACUGGAGCCAUAUCCAUAUGGAAACAUAUCUGCCCCAUUUUCAAAGGCAUAGGUUAUGCCAUUUGCGUCAUCGCUUUAUAUGUUUCCUUCUACUACAACACCAUCAUCGCCUGGGCCCUCUUCUACUUCUACUCUUCCUUCUCCACCAUCUUGCCGUGGACAAACUGCGACAAUGCCUGGAACACCGACAACUGCACCAAUUAUUUUGGCAUGGACAAUGUCACCUGGACGAAUUCGUCCCGAUCUCCGGCAGAGGAAUUUUACACGAGGAAUGUCCUUGAGAUCCACAAGUCGUCAGGUCUGGCAAAUGUGGGAGGUGUCCGUUGGCAGCUGACGCUCUGCCUUUUCCUCAUUUUCACCAUAGUUUACUUCAGUCUCUGGAAGGGGGUGAAGACUUCUGGAAAGGUUGUAUGGGUGACCGCCACUCUGCCCUACAUUGUCCUUUUCAUCCUGCUGAUCCGCGGUGCAACUCUGCCAGGUGCUUGGAAAGGCGUGGAAUUUUACCUAAAACCCAAUUGGGAGAAGCUUCUAGAGACCAGUGUAUGGGUGGAUGCUGCCGCUCAGAUCUUCUUCUCGCUUGGUCCAGGCUUUGGAGUGCUCCUGGCACUCUCCAGCUAUAACCCGUUCACUAACAAUUGCUAUCGUGAUGCCAUUGUGACCAGUUUGGUGAACUGCGUCACCAGUUUCGUGUCAGGGUUCGUCAUCUUUACAGUGCUGGGCUACAUGGCGGAGAUGAGAAACUUGAAAGUUGAAGAUGUGGCCAGAGACAAAGGACCCAGUUUGCUCUUCAUCACGUACCCCGAGGCCAUCGCCAACAUGGUGGGCUCAACUUUCUUUGCCAUCAUAUUUUUUGUGAUGAUGAUCACUCUGGGGCUGGACAGUACGUUUGGUGGUCUGGAGGCGAUCAUCACGGCCGUGUUGGAUGAAUACCCCGAUCAGUUGUCUCAGAGACGUGAACUUUUUGUCCUUUGCUUGGUGCUGGUCUGCUUUCUGGGCUCUUUGAGUACCCUUACUAAUGGCGGUGCCUACGUUGUGAAGCUGUUGGAGGAGUUCGGGGUGGGAUGUUCCAUCAUUGCCGUGGGAUUCCUUGAGGCCAUUGCAGUUGCCUGGUUCUACGGUAUCAACAGAUUCAGCAAUGAUGUUGAAGCCAUGCUGGGCAAAGCACCAGGACUGUUUUGGAAGGUGUGCUGGGUUGGUAUUAGUCCAGCCUUUUUGGCGUAUAUCAUGGUGAGUUCGCUGCUGAAAGCCCCACUACUCACAUUGUUUGACUAUCAGUACCCGGACUGGAGCAUCACAGUUGGAUAUAUCAUUGGCUUCUCAUCCUUAAUGUGGAUCCCCAUUUACAUGGUAUACAAAAUGGUAUGGACACCAGGCUCUCUCAAACAGAUAUGUCUGCAUCAACGGGACAAUGUCAAGUUUUCCUAG